CGAAAAAACUCAUCUCCGUCUCUUCCAUCUCGCCGGCGACGGCGUGCCAAGAUGGCGCAGCCCGACGAGGGCAACGAGGCACUGGAUCGGGAGACCACCUCUCUGCCCACGGCUACUCCAAUCAGGCAAUUUCCGACGACUGAGACUAAUGGCCAGCCCUCGAUGAGCAGCACACCGGCGGCCUCUGCUCCAGAAUCCUCUCUGCCCACAGCUACUCCAACCAUGCAAUUGCCAAGAACUGAGACUAAUGGCCAGCCGAGAAUGAGCAACACACCAGUGAAUAAUCAAGACAUACAAGAUGCAGAUAAUACUCCAAGAGUUGGGAAGUGCUUUCAGUCAGAAGAAGAGGCGUACCAAUUUUACAAUUCUUAUGCUCAAACCAAGGGAUUUAGCAUUAGGAAGUGCCACUUGAAGUUUAGAGCAGAUGGGACUUUAAGUUCCAGAUAUUUUGUUUGUAGCAAGGCAGGUGUGAAAAAUGCUAAUCCAACACAUGUGGCCAAGAAAGAACAAGCUAUUUCGAGGACUAAUUGUAUGGCUCGAGUUCAAUUCCGCAUCAAUCAAGAGGGAAUUUGGAUUGCUCAGAAAGUUACGCUCGACCACAAUCACCAGCUUGUAAGUCCAGAUAAGAGGCACAUGCUUAGAUCUCAGCGUCAACUCUUAGAUGCCGAUCGCCACAUGAUUAAGCAAAUGAGGACAUCGGGAAUUAAACAAGCCGAAAUAUAUGAUUUUUGCGAGCUUUGGUAUGGUAAAGAUGCUAUACCCUUCUUGCAAAUGGAUUGCAACAAUUAUUUGCGAAGUGAGCGCUCAAAGUAUUUGGAAACCAAAGAUGCACAAACAUUAAUGGAGUAUCUAAAGAACAAGCAAGCUGAGGACCCUUCGUUUUUCUAUGCCAUGCAGUUAGAUGAUGAUGAUGGUACAAUAAUGAACAUCUUUUGGACUGAUGGACAAGCUAUCAUGGACUAUUCUGUCUUUGGAGAUGCCCUUUCCUUUGACACCACAUUUUCAACAAAUAAGUUUCAAAUGCCAUUUGCUCCGUUUAUUGGUGUUAAUCAUCACAAGCAGACUAUUCUUUUUGGUGCAGCACUACUAUCUAAUGAAUCUGCAGAUACCUUUGAGUGGGUUUUUAGAACCUUUCUACAAGCUAUGUCUGGUAAGCAGCCUGAAACAAUAUUCACCGAUCAAUGUGCCGCCAUUAUAAAUGCUAUUGGAAGGGUUUUCCCAAGAACACGACAUCGUCUUUGUUUAUGGCAUUUGUAUCAAAAUGCUGCAAAACAUCUAAGUCAAGUAAUCAGCGACAAUGAUAAUUUUCUUAAAGAAUUCAAAAGGUGUGUGUAUGAAGAUAGAUCACUGGCACAUUUUGAGAAUAGAUGGCAUGAGCUAUUGCUUAAGUAUCAGAUUGAGGAUAAUUCUUGGAUAAGAAAUCUGUACAAGUUGCGUGAGAAGUGGGCUACUAUCUAUCGGCGGGAUUCUUUUAGUGCAUAUAUGACAUCAACCCAAAGGAGUGAAGGAAUGAACAACGUGUUCAAGAAAACUUUCCGCAAAAGGCUUUGUCUUUCUGAAUUGAUAGAAGCAUAUGAUAAGUGCAUUGCUCGUCUUCGCCGGAAAGAAAAAUACGAAGACUACAAGUCACGCCAUACCAUUCCAGUACCCUGCCUACCAAACCUACCUUUGUUGAAGACUGCGGCUGAAUCAUAUACUAGGACACUCUAUUCUGAGUUUCAAGAGGAAUUUAAGAAGCAAUUCAGUUUAUCAUGUAUUUUCCUGAGCACCGAUGGCACAAUUAGCACUUACAAGGUGACAUCUUUCGAGUACAAGAAUGAUGAAGCCAUAGUGGCUUUCAACCCAGCUACUUUGGAGAUAUCUUGUUCAUGCAAAUUGUAUGGUUGUGUAGGUAUAUUGUGCAAGCACGCUCAUAAGGUUUUCACAUGCUGCAACAUCAUCAUCCUGCCAAGUCAGUACAUAUCGAACAGAUGGACGAAGUAUGCAAAACAAGAAAUUUUUACAUCAAAACUGAAUUGCAAUGAUAGCUUAGAAUCCAUGUUUGCACAUACUAGUCGAAAGAUGAUUUCACUUGCAUUGAAGUGCAAAACAUCAAAGGAGGUUCUUACACAUCUCAACAAUGGUAUUGAUAAGUUGGCUUUGGAAGCACUAGAAUUACUUAGCAAUUUAAACUUGGGUGAAGAUGAGGACUCUAAAAGUUCCUCCGAAAUGACUGGAUAUGUUGCAAAAACAAUGGUGCCAUUUAGAGCUCCUGAACGAAUAAAAGGUUCAAAGCAAAAAAGAUCAAAAGAUGUGCUAGAGGGAGCAAAGAAAGGAAAAGGUACAAACUAUCCAGCAAAGGAGUCCGUGUUUGUUCCGUCCGCAGCUGGCCCUUCGGAAUAUGAUUUUGGUGGUACUAUAAAUCCAUCAAUAUCCAUGGCAUUUGGAGAGUAUCCAUCAUUUUUAGGUCAACCUAUCCAAGGAGAAUUCACAAGACUAUUGCUUGAGGCUCAUGGAGAUGGCACAACACCGCCGGCCGCUCGUCAACUGGAUUUCAACGGUGGUGCUAGUACAUCAAGGUUUCAGCCGUGA